GUGUGUGUGUGUGUGUGUGUGUGUGUGUGUGUGUGUGUGUGUGUGUGUGUGUGUGUGUGUGUGCGUGUGCGCGUGUGUGUGUGUAUAUAUAUGCAUCACACUUCUGUUUUUCACUUCUGCUUCACAUCACUUGUUGCUUCCUCGUACACUUGUCUUUUGCUCGAGCGCUCAGCAUCCAAGAAUCCUGCUGCGACAGGCUGAUCCUCACCAGUGACAACGAUGAAUAUUUCUGAGGAGGGGACGGACGGUCUUCACAGCCCAUGCUGGAAUAUUGUCUUUUCUGCAUUUUACAUCCUGAUUUUCAUCAUCGCCGUGCCUGGAAACACUCUUGCUCUGUGGGCUUUCUGUCACCAGAAGAGCUCCUCUUCCUCAAAGGUCUUCCUGAGGAAUCUGUCCAUUGCUGACAUCAGUUAUGUCCUUAUUUUACCCAUGCGUAUAGUUUACCACCUGUCCGACAGUCACUGGGCCUUUGGGCACAUCCUCUGCCAGCUGUCCGGCUUCCUCUUCUACCUGAACAUGUACUGCAGCCUCUACCUGAUGAGCUUCAUCAGUCUGGACAGAUUCCUGGCCGUGGUUUUCCCACUAAGAUCCCAGUCGGUGCGGAAGCCCCUGUACGCAAAUGUCGCCGUUGUCAUACUUUGGUUGGCGGUUAUUAUAUCAAUGCUUCCAACACUUUUCUCCAAAAAGGAUGACGGCAGCUCAUCUGGCAUCUGCAAGAAGCUUUACCUAGAAAAUACAUCUCCCACAGCUCUGAUUUCUACGAUUGUGGCUUUUUCUACUCCUCUCACCACAAUCAUUUCCUGCUAUAUUCUAAUUCUGUUGAAACUGAGAAAACUCAGGCAACAGGAACAUUGCUCACGGAAAGACAAAGCUAUAAAAGUGGUCAUAUUUAUUAUGAUGACCUUCCUGUUUGUGUUUAUGCCCUACCAUGUGAGCAGGAUUGUCUACAUCCAAAGCCACACUCAUGGUCAUGUUUCUGCAGCCUCCAGGGGCUACCUGGGAAUAGCCAAUAAGGUCACCUCUGCACUGACCUGUGUUAAUGGCAUCCUGGAUCCUGUGUUGUACUUCUACUUGAACCGUGCAUACAGAGAGAAAUGUCUGCAUCUGUUCUGUAAGAACAGGCAGCGUGAUCAAUAGGAAAUAAGAAGUAAUUUUCCAAAAACAUUUUUGAACUCUUGGACAGGGGACAUGCUUAAUUUACAUGUUGCUGAACCCCUUACAAUGAUAUUUACCAUAAAGAUAUGUAAUAAUCAUUUUUAUUUCUAGUAUUUAUGAGGCAUUCUUCUAGAUUUAAUUUCUAGCGUUUCUGUACAGUUGUCUUCUCAUUUAUUCAUUCAGAAUCAGAUCAGAAUCAUUCGUUAGUCUCUCAUCAUUAGGAACAGAAACUUUGUCCUCUUUAUUCUUGUCAAAGAAACACGCACAUCAAAACCUUUUAACCAUCUAAGAUGUACUGAAAGUACGACAUGAAAAUUAAAAUAUACAUGUGAAACCACAUUUUGUUCUCAUACAAACUUCCUGAAAAAGUAAAUUUCCUGUUACCUGGUAUUUGAUUGCAGAAGCACCUGUUCUGAAACCUGAUGCCUCACUGUAAAAUUCAAGGUGUGAAAUAACAGAUGAGCUCUUUCUAGUCUGCAAUUCCUUAAGGGUGGAAGACUUUAUGAGGGGAAACCACAAAACUUUCAGUUAUUUUCAUGCAUUUUAUUUUGUGCAUGUAAGAUCACAGGAUUUUAAAUGUCAAAAUAUGUAAAGGAUGUGUCCUUUAAAGAAAGGGGGUCAUAUUUCAGAAAUGCUCAACAGAAUUUUUUUUUUUUUUUUAAACAGCAGAAGUUCUUGUGUAAAAAUAGUAAUGUGAGUUUUAUGUGUUCUUUGAUAAAAGCAAUAAACAAAUGUGUUUUGGGCAUCUUAAAAGUCUGGCUAGUGUUUGUCUGUGAUACAUGUGAGAAGGAGGUAUUAUUAUUUAUAGGUUGAUCAUUUCAUUAAAGAGGUUAUUGCUUAUUCUACAUUUCUGUGGAAUCUCUUGCUAUCUUUCUGUUCUACCUUCUAAUUUCUGAGGCCCCCCUCCCAAAAAGUUCUGCUUCGACUAGUCAAACCCCCGAAAAGGGCAACACUACCGUUUUCGAUGGGGUAUCAGGCUAUGUGCAAAUGUUUUUCACGGUGAAAAAAACAAGUGAGGAAAAAAAUGUUGAGUGAAAAAGCAAGGUGAAGUUAAACCAUAUCCUCUAAAAUCGGUUCAUAACUUAAUCUACUG